UGCAGGAAACACAACUGGCAACUCCAGACUACGUUGGCUACCGUAAGGUGGAGAAGUAACAACAGUAGACUCCAGUUUGUUAGCUAGCGUUGUUAGCAACCAAACGCCAGCUACGUUACCGAGAUCGUUACUGUGGGUCCCGGCGAGUUGAAUCUGCGGCUACUGUCUUUGUACUCCACAUGGAUUCACGCAUCAGCUGUCCUAACGUGGUUUCCUAGUUGACAACUGGGUUAAUUUUAUGGAUUAACGCCGGCGUUAAGUGGACAACAUUAGCUUUUAUUUUCGCUAAGUUAGCUAAAUGUAGCCCAUACGCUAGCGUGACAAACGUCUGUUGGCAGGAGAGCACUCUGUCUUGGAGGAAGGAAAGGAGGAAACUGAUAAGUAGGAUCGCUGCGCACCGCUGCUUAUGCAAAGCUAGCACACUUUUUUGACUCCCGAGUUCUCACACUGUGACGCAUUUAGAAAAAGUGACUCUCUGUGCACCCUGUGAGACAUCUAACACUAUUUGUUUAAUAAGGUAUGCAGUUGGUUGGCACAGCUAGCUGUCAGCAGCAGUUCUCUUGGCUAGCUGUAUAGCGGACGAGAGCUACUACGCUAGCCACAAACUUCUAGAGAAGUUGUGUAAGUCAGAUCCAGGCAUCUGACCGAUUUAUUUUAAUUGGUAACCUGGUGUCUUAAGUGUUUCAUUGUUGGACUCUUAACACUGGGCGACUGGAGAAACGUAGCUUAUGGCAUCAGAUGUGAUUGAGAGCGAAGAGGUGGUGAAGGGUGUAAGUGAUAUGAAUUUGAACAAUAGCAGCAGAGAUUUUGUCACACCCAGGAGGACUCAUGAGGAGGUGGGAAACAGACAGACUUACAGUCCUUCAUCUUCUGGAGUGUCGGGAGAUGGCGACGAGGAGGAAUUAGACGAAUUACAAAAUAGCACAACUUCUACAGUUGAAAAUGGCGAAGAGGCACUUCAAGAUAGUCCAACCAAAACAAGAGGCACGCCACAGCAAAGGACAACCCCAGACAAUGAGCAGAAACAGACGGGCGCAAUGAGCUCUACCCCCGUGAGCCUUCCUCAGCCACGCUCACCACCUGGACCUAUUGGAAGUUUGGAGCGGCAAGAGUCAGUCGCUACAACAGAGGCCCGUCUAAGAAUGGAAGGGGUAGAGCUUAAGGAAGAGUGGCAGGAUGAAGACUUUCCACGGCCCCUGCCGGAGGAAGAGGAGCUUGAAGAUGAGCUUUUUGCAGGAACCUCUGAAGAGGGAGAUCCUGGCUAUGCAAUGAACCACGGCAAGAAGGCCAAGAAGAAGCUGGCAGCUCCAGACAUCAGUCUCACACUGGAUCGCAGUGAAGGUUCUCUUCUCUCUGACGAGCUGGAUGAAAGCACAGAGUUGGAUCUUGACGACAUAGACACACCUUCAGACAACAGCAAUGAGUUUGAAUGGGAAGACGAUCUCCCCAAGCCGAAAACCACAGAGCUGCUACAGAAGGGAGUGGAGUCGGUCCAGGAGUACUCGGCCUCAGAGGAGAGGGACGAGGGUCGACGCUGGAGGGUGUUCCGUAUCGGAGACCAGGAACACCGAGUGGACAUGAAGGCAAUCGAACCUUACAAGAAGGUUAUCAGUCAUGGAGGUUACUACGGAGACGGUUUAAAUGCCAUAAUUGUGUUUGCUGUAUGCUUUAUGCCUGAGAGCAAUCAACCAAAUUACAGAUACAUCAUGGACAAUUUAUUCAAGUAUGUGAUUGGCACACUGGAGCUUUUGGUUGCUGAGAACUAUAUGAUUGUUUAUUUGAACGGGGCGACAUCUCGGAAGAAGAUGCCAACGGUUGGCUGGCUCAGGAAGUGUUAUCAGCAGAUUGAUAGGAGGUUAAGGAAGAACUUAAAGUCUUUGAUAAUUGUCCAUCCGUCUUGGUUUAUCCGUACCCUGCUGGCACUCACAAAACCUUUCAUAAGCUCCAAAUUCAGCCAGAAAAUCAAGUAUGUAUACAGCCUGACAGAACUUGCAGAGCUGGUUCCAAUGGAGUAUGUGUCCAUACCAGACUGCAUCAAACAGUUUGACAAGGAAAAAAAUAGGAAAAGCCGUAAAAGGUUUAAAGUUUAAUGCGAUUGAUGUUGGAAUCGACCAGGAUAUGCACGGCAAAGUGGAGGUCGCAGCUGCUUCUGUUCCCGAGUGAUCCUGCUCGCACUUUGUGGAUGUGGGGGAGAACGAUGAAGAAUGUUUAGAACUGCAGCCGCUCUUUAUGUUCAUAUUCUUGGCAACGUGACUGGAGACUUAGCUCUUUGCAUCAAGAAAGUGCCUUUUUGAAACUAUGCUGCCUGUUACAUCAUGUUUUUUUUUUUUGUCACAUGCUGUCUGAAAUGUUUUUAAUCUUUCUUUUUUUUUUAUCUACUGCCUGUAUUAUCAUGUCAAAUCUAGCUUAUUGGUGUUUCCUAGUUACUGUUGUAUCGACACGUUAUUUAAGGCACUCUAUUACAAAUGGUUGAUGCAUGUUCUGCCUUAUUACAUUUAAAUAUAUAUUUAUAUUCAAAAGGUCACAAUGGAGAGAAAUUAAUAUAUAUUUAUGGUUGCUCUGAUUUUAAACUACAUUUUAGGUCUCUGACUCAUUGAGUGGCAUUUCACAGAACAAGUUUUGAUGGCACCUUUUUUCACUGUCCACUGCUGAUGUUCUCUGUUAAAAUCCUGCCUGAGGGAUUUUUUUUUUUUUGGCCCCUCAUUUGAAUGUGCUCCUCAGACUUGUGGAGGGAGAACAUUUGUGGGAGCAACAAUCUCAAGCAAACCUGUAGGUCUUAAUGUAAUAUUUCUUCCAAGUAAAUGUCAUGGAUCCA